CAAAUUUUCAUAAGUAACGACAUUGGUAAAAAUAAAGGAAAACGUGGUCAUCAGAAAGAAUGGCUAAAUCUAAAGCACAGCGCAUGCGCGAAUAUCGUCAAAAGAAAAAAGAGCAGCUUGGUGACAGCUGGUUAAAGGCAGAAAGAGAACGAGUGAGGGGAUACUUUGUUUCAAUCGCAGAUUUGGACGAUGAAGCACGAGAAAGAAAAAGAGAACGCAAUAAAAUAAGGCAGGCCAGAUUCAGAAAUAAAAGAAGAGUGGACAAAGCAAAUGAAGCAAGUGUUGCCAAUGUAAACAAUAUGAGCAAUGACAUACAACAGCCUUCAACCAGUGAAAAUGUUGUUUCCAGCUCAUCUGAUUCCGUAUGGACAGUAAAAAUGCCAUUUGUGGUUAGGGAAAAGGUAUCAAUUCGUGGCAGAAAAAGAUCAUCGAGAGCCUUAGCGAAAUCUUACAGAACUAUUGAGACAUUGCAGGAUAGAAAUGAAGAAUUAAAAAGAAAGCUUAAAAGUGCUCAGAAACGACUUCAGCGUUAUGAAAAUCGUGUAAGCAGCGCCAACACACCAAAAAGCAAAAGUGACAAUCUCUUGAAACGAUCUGGAAUCAACCCAAAAGAUGUUCCUGAGGUAAGAAAGAAACUGAUAUUAGGAGAAUGUUUGUCAGAAGAAAUAAAAUCAGCAAAGAAUGCUCAAGAGGGAAAUUCUGCCAAAGCUCAAAUUGUUCAUAGAGUAGCUUCAGGAAAGGUCAUUAAGAAGUACAGGAUGAAAAGCACACUAGAAAAGGUUACUAACUUAAACAGAAGGAGGAACAUAAAGAACAAGAAUGUGUUGCCAAUUAAACGGAAAAGACUUGACGACCUCAGGAAGAGAGUGAAUGAUAAGAUACAAACAUUUUUAGAACGAGAUGAUAAUUCCAGACAGUUUCCAGGAAAAGGAGAUGCAGUAAAGGCAGGCAAUAAGAGGAUACAAAAAAGAGUGCUAAAUGAUUACAUGUACAAUUUGCACUUAAAGUUCAAUGCAGAAUCAGAUAUAAAAGUUUCCCGGACAACAUUCUAUAAAGCACGACCGAAGUACGUUAGUCUGGUGAAUUUUACAUCAAGAAGUGUUUGUCUGUGUUCCAAACACCAGAAUUUCUGCUUUUUACUUCGAUCAAUGAAAUGCUUGAAUGUAACAAGCUGUACAAAUAUAGAUAAAUUUGUAGAAUUAUACCAAGAUAGCCCAGCCGUGCUAAAUGAAAUGCUUGAUAAGAUACCAGAGGGCGAGGAAGUUAAGUUUCAACAAUGGGAACGUGUUAAGCUGCAGAAUGGAAAAGAAAAACAGCGUGUUGUCGAAGUUAAAACCUCAAAAGCAGAUUUUGUUGAAAUGAUGCUGGAGACAUUUCACGACUUUAAAAAUCAUAUUCAAAGAGUGAAACAGCAAUACGCCGCAGUAAGUAAAAUGAAGGAAUGUCUACCUAAGGAUCAAGUCUUAAUACAAAUGGACUUUUCUGAAAAUUACAGCUGCAGCACACUCGAAGAAAUACAGUCAGCCUACUGGAAUAGUAGCAUGGUUACUCUUCACCCUGCCGUUAGUUAUUAUCGAGGUGAAUUUGAUGAGUUAAAACAUACAAGUUACGUUCAUGUGUCCGAGGUCCUUAAUCACAAUGCCUCGAUGGUGAUAUGUAUCAUAAACAGUCUCAUAAACAUAGUGAAGGCAAUUAUCCCAAACGUGACCUCAGUUCAUUUUUGGACUGAUUCACCUUCUUCACAAUGCAGAAACAAGACCAUAUUUGACCUGGUGAGCCGAUUCAGAGUUGAGUAUGGGGUAAAGGCAUCGUGGCAUUAUUUUGAAAGUGGACAUGGUAAAGGCCCGUGUGACGGCGUCGGUGGCACUACAAAACGAAAUGCAGACAAUGCAGUGAAACAGGGUAAAGUUCUCAUACAAGAUGCUUCCGAUUUUUAUGCCUGGGCAACUCAGAAUGAACAAGGUAUUCGCUACGAGUUUGUAACAGAAGAAGAUUACAACUUGACUAAGAUAAACGUCGACAAAAGAAACAGCAAAAUAAAACCAGUAAAGGGAUGUAUGAAAAUUCAUGAAGUUGUUGGGACAUACGAUGGAACAAUAGCAGUCAGAAAUACCUCGUGUGCUUGUAGUAACUGCUUCGAUGGGUCAUUCAAUAUAAAAUCACCUUGUACGUGGGAAGAGCAUAGAAUUGAAUUAAAAGGGCAAGCAGGUAAAGGCAUAAAGUUGUCAGAUUCUAAUGAGAAGCCCAAUCAGUCGUGUAAGCCAGCAACAGUGGACAGCGUACACAUAGUACACGAAGUAAUUAAUGAGAACAUUGAAGUGAGUGUAAACUCUAGUAAAAGUCAAGAGGAUAUACCUUCAAAGCAUAAUGACAUGACAAGCGAAAGGGCACCGUUUGAUAUGGCAGCAGAAAUAGAUGGCCAAAACAGACAAAACGAUUUUGAUAUUGAAGUGAAUAAACUUGUUGUUGCAAAAUAUGAUGACAUGUGUUAUAUUGGAAAGGUAAUUGAAGUCUGCGAUAAAGACAAUACGGUCCACAUAACUUUCAUGAGUGAGUGUGGCAAGAGCAAAGGAAAAUACAAAUGGCCUAUAGUUGAAGACAAAGUAUGGUUGAAAAAAGGUGAUGUCGUUCGAUUGAUCCAUAACCCUAUACCAACAAGUAAAACUGGGCGAAUGUUUACCUUUGAGCAAGACAUUCUUCAGAUGCUUUCUAAUUAAUGUUGGCGACUGUGCUUCCGUUGCAGCAAGUUGUAUAUUGAACAUUAAGCGGGAUAACUUACGUGACAGAACUUUCUUUUUGUACUUUUAGGAUCUAUCACAACAUACGAAGGACAGUCUACCAAGUCUACAAAACUUUAAUAUUGAUUAGCAUUUUGCAUUAAAACAUUUCAUUUUGUAUUACAUUUCCAGGUAGGAAAUAUUAAUGAUUUAUAUUUUUUCAAUUUGUUUAAUCGCCAUGCGGAAAAUAUAUAGAAAUAAAUUUCGAUAAAUAUAUUUUAAAGAAAAAAAUAUAUACAUAAUUGUUGUUUCGAAAUGGUAACAUGGUUUACGAAGUUUAAUUGCAAAUGUUAAUACUGAUGUGGUUAUAGAUAACAAGUAAUCACACAUUUACACUGUUGUAACCAACGGGACGAACACAUGUCAUUUACGGGACAUCUGAAUUUUAUGAACCAACUUGUGUAAUCCUGUAGUUACCGAUUUGAAUUUUGUGCCAAUGUUUCUCAAUAACGUUUAUAUAAAAAUGCUUAGGUGUUGAACUUGUAAAAAUUGUGUGUUCAUUGUUUUAUUUAAAACGGAAAUGACCGCAUUUGAAAAAAAUAAAUAAAUAGUUUUCUUUGGGUCGUAUUGACUUGUUCGUUAUAUAUAUAUAUCGUACGCCUGUGGUGACAAUACCAUUUAAUUCUAUGUCUAAUAGGUCUUACUGUAAGUUUUACACCAAUGUGGUAUGACUGUUACUUCAUAUACAUCCCCUGACUUCGUGCAUUUGCUCCUACACCCUUAAUUGAAUACAUAGUCGUAUUUAAUUAACUGUACUCAACAUGAAGUGCCCUAUUAAAAAAAAUAUAAAUACGUAAGUGGUAAAAUUUCAAAUGCUGGUUAUUAACACCUUACUUGAUAAAAUAAGGUAACUUCCAUGACAUUUUAUUGAGAUAAAAAAAAUAACAUUUUUUUUAUGCUGAUAGUCUACGUUUACUGGGAA